AAUACGCAAAUCUAGAACAAUUUGACAGAUGAGUUUAUUGAGUUUGCUAUCUCGAAGCCGGUUAAUUUUAAGGAACACUUGUUUGAAGACUCCUAACAAUUUUAGGGUUAUGUCUUCUGAAGUAGAAAAGGCCCAAUCGGCUGCGCCGACAGAGGACACUAUCUUUGGGAAAAUUCUUCGCAAAGAAAUUCCCUGCAAUUUCAUUUAUGAAGAUGAUAAAUGUGUGGCCUUCCACGAUAUUAAUGCUCAGGCACCAACCCACUUCUUGGUCAUACCACGUAAACCAAUUGUAAUGUUGUCCAAAGCCAGUGAGGAAGAUGAAAGUUUGUUGGGUCAUUUAAUGUUGGUCGGCAGCAAGGUUGCCAAGGAUUUGGGUUUAGAGAAUGGUUAUCGUGUUGUCAUUAACAACGGCAAAGAUGGUGCCCAGUCGGUGUAUCAUUUGCAUUUACAUUUCUUGGGUGGUCGCCAAAUGCAAUGGCCACCAGGCUAAGA